GUUCCCCCGCCCUCUCGGUUCCAGCGGCGCCGCGCAGCAGCGUUAUCAGACCUCGGAGGCUGGCCCGCUACUUAGCAAACAAGCUAGCGUUUGCCAGAGUCCACCCAUGUCCUCUGAGGAAGGGUUGAGCUCCACGAUCGCCGACUGGCUCUACAUCAACUCCUGGUGGCUCCUCCUGCCGUUCAUCAUGCUGCUCGUGGUCGCUGCCUUCAUCGUGGCCUUCGUGCUGCUGCUGUACAUGAUCUCUCCCCUGAUCAGCCCCAAACCUCUGAAACUGAAUGGGGCCCACGUCGUGGUGACAGGAGGCUCGAGUGGGAUUGGGAAAGCCAUUGCAAUCGAGUGCUACAGGCAAGGAGCAUUCAUCACUCUGGUGGCACGAGACGAGGCUAAACUCGUUCAAGCUAAAAAAGAAGUGGAGAAAUUUGCCAUCAAUGACAAGCAGGUUGUGCUCUGCACAUCAGUGGAUGUCUCCAGUGAUUAUAGCCAGGUGGAAAGUGUUUUAAAACAGGCACAAGAGAAGCUGGGGCCUGUUGAUAUGCUUGUGAACUGUGCCGGAACAUCCAUCUCUGGAAAGUUUGAGGAAGUGGAGGUGGACCGUUUUAAAAAACUGAUGGAGGUGAACUACCUAGGCAGCGUUUACCCAACACGGGCCGUCAUAACAACCAUGAAGGAGAGAAGAAUGGGCCGCAUCAUGUUCGUGUCCUCCCAGGCGGGCCAGAUCGGCAUGUUUGGAUACACCGCCUACUCCCCCUCCAAGUUUGCCCUGCGUGGCUUAGCUGAGUCGCUGCAGAUGGAGAUAAAGCCGUACAAUAUCUAUGUGACUGUGGCCUUCCCCCCUGACACUGACACUCCAGGGUUUGCUGAGGAAAAUAAGUCAAAGCCUCUAGAAACUAAAUUAAUCUCCGAAACAGCCGGAGUGUGUCAACCAGACCAGGUGGCCAAAAUCAUUGUGCGCGAUGCAGUUCAGGGGAACUUCAACAGCUCCGUGGGACCCGACGGUUACAUGCUAUCAGCCCUCACCUGUGGGAUGUCGCCCGUCACCUCCAUCACAGAAGGUCUUCAACAGAUUGUUACCAUGGGAUUAUUUCGGACCAUCGCCCUCUUCUACCUGGGGAGUUUCGACAGCAUUGUGCGCCGCUGCAUGAUUCAGAGAGAGCAGCUAAAAGCAGCUGACAAGACGGAGUGACAGCAGCCGUACCUGCUUCACAGCCCAGUGCUCCUCUUCUUCCUCCUCCUCCUCCUCCUCCUCCACACCCCCAUCCCAUCCCUUCAUCCAGCUGUUCAAGUGCCCAACCGUAGUUGGGGAAUAUGCCAGGCUUUGAGUGCAUUUCUGAUAACAUCAUAACAGACAGGAUGAAAGAAAUGGCAGAUGUUUACUCUUUGCUUGUCCUCCAUUGACUUCACAGCCAUUUCUUUCUAUCCUUUCAGAGCAUUCCAGUGACUUUUCCGUUUAAUGUGUCCACCUGCUUCUUUCAGUCGGAGCAGCCUUACUUUGUGUGUGUGUUUGUGGGGGAGGGGGGGGCACACAGACUAAACAUCCCACAGCCUGCUUUUAAAAUACAUAUGGGCUUUGUGAGCAACUUUCAUUUCAGACACCAGGCCUCCCUGCCUCUACUUGCACAGUGUUUAUAUUUCCCCUCACAGAGAGGCUAAACGGCAGAUAGCUUGUUGGGCUAAAUAUGGCUUGAAAUUCCUUCCCACCAUGGGGCCAUAGAGAAAAUCUGAAUGGUAACUCUCACCUUUUUGCCAUUUUGUUACAUGUACUUAAAAACCGGGACCACCCUGUAAGAAUUUCACUAUCUUCAAUGAAAAACUUCCUCAAUCUCAACCUUUGUUGUACCACAAGUCUUUGCAGGCAAAGCACCUUCCGUCUUCGCCGAGUGUUUUUGUUUAGUGCUCUGCAUCUCAACCAGACAAAGAUUUGAUGACAAAAGUACACUAAUCUUAAAUCAGAGAGAGCGAGAGAGAAAGUGAAAGCAUUUGUAGGUUUUGAUUGUUAUUAAAUAUUACUAAUGCAAAAACACAAUUUCCCCAAAAUGUUUAGAUGUGGUGUUGGGCAGAAUUUGUGUGUAUUUUUGUGUGCAUACAUGUGUGUGUUUGUGUGUUCAUGUUUGCUGUGACUGAGCCAACCCCUGGUGAGAGAAAAGCCAUUCAAUAUUAUGGUCUCGGGAUUAAACACCAAAUUAUUUUCUGCUCAUCCCAUCUUAUUUCUUUGAGAAAGGAGAGCAGGUACUGGCUGUUGAAGACAUGUAUUAAAUAUGGGGGGGGGGGGGGGGGGAGGAGGGAGAUGACAGCUCAGGUGAUUUAACUCUUCAUCUGUGCAUGUGAUCGAAUUCAGCACACCUUUUUUUCUUUCUUCCUUAAUUGUGUGAAAGGAAGCGUAUCAUUUCCACAUGCAGUCUUUGGUGUCUGUGCACAUAUUCAGCCACCCCAGUCAAAGAUCCGAGUUGGAUCCAUUAACUGUGGGGUGGUGCAAGUCAGGGCAGGGCCAUGAGGGCACGACUCGCUGGUUCGAGUCAUGUCCCUUCGAGUCUAUUGAGGGCGCUAGAGAUUUGUUUUACAUAGAGGUCAAAAUAGAAAAGGGACUAGCAUGAAAAGUGGGAUCCUCGUCCUUCUGAUUUUCGACCUGCUAUCACUCUGUCAUGCACACUCUGGACUUUGUUACUCCCUGAAUAACAAUACCCAUUCCCUCCGGGUUUCUGUCAAACCUUUGGAAAAAUCUUGUACUUAUCACAUGACCUUCUUACUAUUUUGCGUCUUAAUUUGGUCCAUCACAAACGGGGAGAAUGUACUUUAAUACAGAGCAUACAAAUCAGAACAUAGUAAUAUUAUUUUUAAAUGCACCACUAUCUGAAUGCCAAAAUGUGUGAAGACAAUUUUUGAGAUUUAUUACCAUGCUGCUGCUCUGUUGAUCUUCAGAGUUAGUCUGUGAGAGACGUGGAGCAGCGUGGGAACCCAUUCUAAGCCUUAAAGACGUGACUACUGAUGAAGCUAGAGCUAUACGAAUGGCAUGUCCACAGAACAAUGUGGCUUAACCCACAUGUGGUUUACCAGUUCAUUUAAUGACUCUUCAGUGUUUUGUGUUGUCUAUUUUUGUCAACUUCCAGGCUUUGUAUGACAAAAAUAAGCCUUGGUGAAAUCCAAGAAAUGAAAGUGAGAAUGGAUGACCCAUGUUUGAUGAUGUUCUCAUUUGACUUUGGUUUAAAGGCAUACUGUCCUGCACUUCAUAAUCUUAACUUUAUUUGCUUUCAGAAGUUCUCUUUUUCCUUAAGGUAGCAGCACGUAGUUGAUGGAACAUGUAGCCCAUGUAAAAAGCAGUUUUGUUUAACACGUUUUUAAGCUAUGCAAGUGAAGCCUAUGCUUACGAUAUGUUCAAACAUAUAGUCCACAUUUCAGUUGUCUAACAGCCACUAACAUCCUCUGUUUAACGGUGUCAUCAUUAGAUCACUGAGUAUUGAACAUGAAAGUCAUGAUGCACUCUUGUUUCAUUCUUCUUUGUUGCUUUUUUAAUUUUGUUUUUGCCAAAACAAAUGCUUAACACCUUCACCUUGUGUGCCAUUGAAAGAAAAUGUGAGAAGUGAACGUGUCUCUGUCUUAAUUUCUUUCAUAAUAAACAAAAUAAAUACCUGUGAAGAGAAAUCAAA